AUGUUCAGUGGCUCCUCGAGCCCACCCAAAGACAAGACAGACACCCCCUCCGUACCCGGCAUCGAUACGACUCCUCCGAGCCUGCAGCCUGAAAACGCCAGCCCUCGCGACAAGAGAUUCUCCCCCCGGGCGCUGGACCAAAGCUCCGCCGGCGAGAAGAAACGUCGGAGCAGUACCGUCACCAAGGCGGCCAGCUUCUUCAGCAACGCCAAAAAUUCCCUCAGUCUAAACGGCACGCGUGAUUCAGCCAUAAGUACAAGUCCAUCGAUUUCAGAGAGUCCGCUCCAGAAGCUAGUGAAAAUGGAUCCGGCGCUGAGUGUCCCUCAAGGAUCGUUCAACAACUCUGCAGGAGAGUCCGUACCCACCGCGCGUUCUUCAUUCCGCGUGGGUGUCACAGAGGAUCGGAAUCGAAAAUGCCGCCGCACAAUGGAGGAUACGCAUUCCUACCUCGCCACCGGACAUAAAUGGGAGCGACCCCCGGGAUCCGAGAGGGACUCUGGAGAUUCCAACGUGGUAGAAACGGAUAAUGGCUACUUUGCAAUCUUUGAUGGACACGCGGGUACCUUCGCAGCCGAGUGGUGUGGCAAGAAGCUUCAUUUGAUUUUGGAAGAAAUCAUGCGCCGAAGCCCCCAUACUCCUGUCCCCGAACUCCUUGACCAGACAUUUACUAGCGUGGAUCAACAGCUAGAACGACUCCCACUCAAGAACAGUGGCUGUACGGCGGUCACUGCUGUGCUCCGCUGGGAGGACCGUGUCCCAAGCUCACAAUCAGCCACUGGAUCGGCUGCCCUCGCCCCCGCAGCGGCCGCGGCCGGGAAGCGCGAAUCUACCUUGGAAACCAACAACAAUACCCCGACGCAAGAGUCAGCCUCUAACGGGUCUAUCCCCAAGCUCCAAGAAAAGGCUAUGCGGCAACGGGUGCUGUAUACAGCCAACGUGGGUGACGCCCGUAUUGUAUUAUGCCGCAAUGGGAAGGCCCUCCGUUUAUCAUACGACCACAAGGGAAGCGAUGAGAAUGAAGGGAAGAGGAUAACCAACGCUGGCGGGCUGAUCCUCAACAACCGCGUCAACGGUGUUCUCGCUGUCACCCGGGCCCUGGGAGAUACCUAUCUCAAAGACUUGGUGACUGGGCAUCCUUACACGACAGAAACGGUCAUACAACCUGAUGCAGAUGAGUUCAUCAUCCUGGCUUGUGACGGGUUAUGGGAUGUUUGCAGUGACCAGGAAGCAGUCGAUCUAAUCCGAAACGUACCGGACGCACAGCAUGCCUCUAAGAUUCUCGUUGAUCAUGCCCUAGCACGAUUCAGUACCGACAAUCUCUCUUGUAUGGUCAUCCGACUGGACUCAAAUCGAGUCAAGGAUGUCGUGAACAAUAAGACAGAGCCGAUUGGAGUAGACGGGGAUCCAGCGACAAACGUGGCCCACGGCGUGAGCGAGGCCGAUAAGAUCGUCGAAGGCGCUCGGAAAAGCAUGGCCAGUGCAGGUAUCAAUGAUCCAGAGUCCGCCGAGAAAGCUGGCGAGGAGAUCCUUCAGAAGAUGUCCAACUCCGAGGGAGAGCCGGGACCGGAUGAGCUGGUUCAUCCACAGAAUGACCUUCCGUCUGUGGAUAUUCUAAGCUCGUCGAACAAGGCUCAGAAGACACAGUAA